AUGAGGGCGGCUGCUCCCGCUAGGGAGGCGGCUCCAGCUCUGGCAGCCAGGUUCCCCCCAAGAGGAUCACCAAGCGGGGUGCAGCGAUGGAUCACGCUGAGACCACUUGAUGUGUACCGGAUUGCCCUUUAUGACAUCAAAAUCCAUGGUGCCCAAAGCCCGCUCCACGUCAGCCGGCUCCACGUCAGCCGGCUCCUGGAAGUUCACCAUCGAUUUAAGUCUCUUAAAGAGCGAGAAGCAGAACUCAGAGCUAGGGCAAAAGAGUUCACCAAUGUUUACAUCAAGAAUUUUGGAGAAGAUAAGGACGAUCAGCUCCUUAGGGAUCUCUUUGGCAAGUUCGGGCCUGGCUUAAGUGGGAAAGUAAUGACUACAGAAAGUGGAAAAUCCAAAGGUUUUGGACUUGUGAGCUUUGAGAGGCAUGAAGAUGCACAGAAAGCUGUGGAUGAAAUGAAUGGGAAGGAGCUCAAUGGAAAACAAAUUCAUGUUGGUCGAGCUCAGAAAAAAGUGGAACGGCAGACAGAACUUAAGCGCAAAUUUGAACAGAUGAAGCAAGAUAGAAUCACCAGAUACCAGGCUGUUAACUUAUAUGUGGAAAACCUCGAUGAUGGUAUUGAUGAUGAACGUCUCCACAAAGAGUUUUCUCCAUUUGGUACAAUCACUAGUGCAAAGGUUACGAUGGAGGGCGGUCGCAGCAAAGGCUUUGGCUUUGUAUGUUUCUCUGCCCCCGAAGAAGCCACUAAAGCAGUUAGAGAAAUGAAUGGUAGAAUUGUGGCCACCAAGCCAUUGCAUGUAGCUUUAGCUCAGCAUAAAGAGGAACGCCAGGCUCACCUCACUAACCAAUAUAUGCAAAGAAUGGCAAGUGUGAGAGCUGGCCCAGCCGUGAUCAACCCCUACCAGCCAGCACCUCCUUCAGGUUACUUCGUGGCAGCUAUCCCACAGACUCAGAACCGUGCUGCAUACCAUCCUCCGAGCCAAAUUGCUCAAUUAAGACCAAGUCCUGGCUGGACUGCUCAGGGUGCCAGAGCUCAUCCGUUCCAAAAUACGCCUGGUGCUAUCCGCCCAGCUGCUCCCAAACCACCAUUUAGUACUGUGAGAUCAGCUUCUUCACAGGUUCCACGAGUCGUGUCAACACAACGUGUUGCUAACACAUCAACACAGACCAUGGGUCCCCGUCCUGUAGCUGCUGCUGCAGCAGCUCCUGCUGUCCAUACCGUUCCCCAGUAUAAAUACGCUGCAGGAGUCCGCCAUCCUCAACAUCUCGACGCACAGCCACAGGUCACCAUGCAGCAGCCUUCUGUUCAUGUACAAGGUCAGGAACCUUUGACUGCUUCCAUGAUAGCAUCUGCCUCUCCUCAAGAGCAAAAGCAAAUGUUGGAUGAGCUGCUAUUUCCUCUUAUUCAAGCCAUGCACCCUAGCCUUGCUGGUAAAAUCACUGGCAUGCUGUUGGAGAUUGACAAUUCCGAAUUUCUUCAUAUGCUGUCUCCAGAGUCUCUUCGCUCUAAGGUUGAUGAAGCUGUAGCUGUUCUACAAGCCCACCAAGCUAAAGAGGCUGUCCAGAAAGCAGUUAACAGCGCCACCGGUGUUCCAGCUGUUUAAAUGAUCAGGGACCACGAACAAGAAACUCAUGCUUCACUGAAGAAAAAUACUUAAACAUCGAAAAACUUAAAUAUUGUGGAAACAACAUUGCAAAAUACAAAAUAAA